GUCCUAAAACGCGGAAAUACGAUUUUGAUUGACAGCCAACGGAUUUGCUCAUUCGCGGUACCUCUAGUGCGCGUGCUCUUCUGUGUGUUACGUGACGAUAGAGUUGCUAGGUUUUAUCUCUGCUUUCGUCUGUUAUUUUGAUAAUAAUUUAGUAAUACAUAAAACAUAGCUAUGCCUCAAGCUGGUUCACUGGAAGACCGACUCAGGAGUGUAGCACAGGACGCGCCAGCGGAAGAAAAGCCGGCGCCAAAGCCAGCUAUUGAUAGAGAGAAAACCUGUCCACUCUUGCUGAGGGUUUUUACUUGCAAUGGAAGACACCAUCCUCUGAGUGAUUAUGCGCGAGGAAAUGUGCCAAAUAAUGAAUUACAGAUUUACACAUGGAUGGAUGCAACAUUGAAAGAAUUAACAAGUCUGGUGAAGGAAGUGAAUCCUGACGCUCGAAGGAAGGGAACAAAGUUUGAGUUUUCUACAGUUUAUAUGGAAAGAAAUGGACGCCAUAGGUACAAAGACAUUGGUCGAACAAUGGCAGGAUUGAAGGGGCCAGAUGACAACGUUACUUUACAGGACCAAAAAUUCCAGAUUGGGGAUUUCAUGGACAUAGCAAUUUCAAUGCCACAGAUGGGAAGAAGAGAUUCAUGGAGGUGAACACUGAAAUUGGGAACACCCAAUAUUGGCGAUAUGUUGUCUGAAGAAAGCAAUGACUUGGUUUUUAAUUUGCCUCUUGGCUUCAACAUUUUGGUCAACUUAGUCUACUUGGGCACGGAAUACAGAUUUAUUGAAUAACAUUUAUUCAAAAAGUUUGCAAGUUUGCUUAUACAAAUUGAGUUUUUUCGGACAAGGAUUAACUAAUUUAGGCAUUUUAUCCCUUUCAUUAGAUGGUUCAGUUAUCUAUAGAUAGCUGAAAACCAAAGUUAUCAUUUUUUGCUGCUUGAAAUUUAUAAAUUUCUAACCUUGUUAGUAGACUACCCAUAUACAAUUUAAGUCACACUCAAUGCCUUACUAUCAUUUGGGGUUAUGUGUGACUUCCUUGCUCUACUCCUUUGCGCAAGUGGAUUCUCGAAGGUGAAAACUUUUUAUUUUGGUGGUUUUACAUACUGCUUUUCGGAAUUCAGUCUCACCAAGCAGUUCCAAAAUUGUGCAUUUUGAGCGAGUUGUGAGAUAUCAAUUCACUUCUUACUGCUACAGGUCUACCAGCUUUCACAUUGUAGUUCUGGGUUCAAAGUGAUACUCUCCAUGAUGCUGAUCUAACAUUAGGCAAUCCAAUUAUUCUGAAUGAGUCUGUUAUGUUUUUAUGGUGCAGUUUUCAAAUAAAAUACAUCUUGUCCCGAGUG